GUCCAGUUUGAAGCGCCAACGCAGUUGGUAUAAGUCGUGAGUCGUAGACGUGUGCAAGGCGCUUGAUUGCGCGAUUCUAACAAUGUCGGUUUUUUUGGCUCUGCAAAAUAAUGAAGUUUUUCGACUUUUCGCUUGGUGGUCUGCUGCAUUGUCGGUCAAAAUGCUGUGCAUGGCGCCGCUCAUUGGGCAUCAACGAUUUCGAAAAAAGAUUUUCUUGAGCCAAGAGGAUUGCACGUUCAUCGGAAAAAACGCUAAAGUUUCUGUAGACGAUCUAGAUGUCGAGCGACCACGACGGGCCUUUCUCAAUGAUUUGGAAAAUAUACUGCCAUGGUUCAUUAGUACUUCUGUUUUUUUGACGACGUCUCCGGCACCAAGUUUAGCUAUGUCGCUAAUAAGAACGUUUGGAAUCAGUCGAGUAGCCCAUACAGUUGUGUAUGCUGUUGUGCCAUUGCCUCAACCAGCUAGAGCUAUUGCCUACUUCGUUGGUUAUACCGUCAUCGCGUAUCAAUCCUACUUGACUCUUCUUUAUUAUUCUUGAACUCAACCAUCUGAUUAUUCAUUUUGUUUUAUUUCUGUUCAUUGAUUUUUAAAAGUCAGCCAUUACAAUUCUUUCACUUUAAAUAAAAUGGUUAUUUAUUAAUUAUUAUCAUAUGAUUAUGCUAUAGAACAUGAAUGUUGUUCAGGUGUACAGGUAAAUUUUAUCUAGUUCGAAAAUAAAAUAUUACUUUUUAUUAAAUGUCAA